AUGGCUUCUCUUUCUACUUCCUCUACCGGCACUAGCGCUGAGAAGAUCAAAGUAACUGUCAAGAAUGAAACGAGUGCUUUCACUUUAGACACGUCCCCAUCCGAGUCCAUAGCAGGCGUGAAAGCAGCUUAUCAGGAGAAUGGGGGGAAUGUGAACCACCCCACUUAUAUUUUGUUGCUACAUAAGGGGAAAGAAUUACCAGAUGAAAAGACAUUGGCAGAGCUGGGAAUUACAGAUGGAGAUGUGCUUGUACACAUUGAUGCAGCUCAUCAGCCUUUUCAGCCACUGAACUACAAGCUACUGGCCGAGAGUAUCAAAAUCCGCCGAAAACAUGAGGACACUAAUAUGCAGAUGCUUAAAGAAGAUAACAUUUGGGCUGCAGGCUCGGAUGGUACUGUACGCCGUCUAGGCAUGGAUAAGAGCAUCAUUUCACGCUCGGCAAAUGGCAAUUUACCGUCACAAUUUAGCAACAAAAACAUGGGUGCAGGACGAGCAUUCUUUAACCAACUUUCAGUACGAGUUAAUGGCUGCAGUUACCAUGUGCUACCAAGCAUGGAAGGCCGAUGGAAUGGAGAGCUUGCUGCUAUUCCACAACAGGAUGAAGGCAGUCAAGUAUGCUCAAAUGACCUCGUGUUCCGGGACGAUGAAGGUGUGUGGAGUCAACGCCAAUCGAGAACAACCAUGAGUGGACUGACGUCCAUGCAGCACAUGUGGAUCAAGCCCGUGUCGGACGGCAUUCUCAAGAUUGAAACGGAUGAUCCGACGCUACGUGGCUCGGACAUUACCAUGCAGGAGCUAGGAACAAAUGUUAUCAUUGUCACGGCCACGUCCAAGCGUUCAGGAUGUCCGCUGAUGGUGGAGACAAUCACAGGUAUAGACAACUCGCGGCGUCUGCGCACUAUUCAGCGCUUUGACGAAUCGGGUGCGUUCCGCUCGGUGUACGUCAUGAACGAAGUCAGGGUUGUCGAUGCGGUGUCGGGUGCCAUGGAGAAGUACGACAACGUCUUUUGA